UUCGUAUUCAUCUUUCCUUGAAAUAAUUCUCAUCUUCAAAGCAAAGAAGCUAUUCUCUCUUUUUUUUCAAGGCAUAAUAAACCCAUACCUCUGUCAUCCUAUAUCUUCGAAAUUGUAAUUUUCUCUCUCUAUAGCUAUGCAUUUCUUGAGUUUAUAGAGAAGGGUUUUUGUUGAAGGGAUCAGUUAUAAAUGGCGGGUGAUAUUGAUGAAGAACCCUUUAGGCUUAAUUUCAAGUUGGAUGCUCUAAACUCGGGCUCUGUUUCGUUCAGGCGGUUUGAGAGCGAAGGCCUGAGUUGGGAGCGGAGGUCAUCGUUUUCUCGCAACAGAUAUCUUGAAGAGGUCGAGAAAUAUUCCAAACCGGGUUCAGUAACCGAGAAGAAGGCGAUACUCGAGGCUCAUUUUAGAAAGAGGGCUCUUCUAAGCCGGAGUUCAUCCGAGUGCCAGACUAGUGAAAAUAAUGUCUCGCAGAGCACAGGGUACGAGGGGGACUUUGAGAUUGUUAACGAGGGUAGUAGUCAGUCUGCAUCGUUUGGUGAAAGCACGGGCUAUGAUGGGGACGACUUCGAGCAUUUCAACGGGGGUGGUUAUUCUGUGAACUUUAGCAACGGUCCUUAUGGAUCAUCAAAUUCUGUUAUUGUCAUUUCAGAAUAUUUCGACAAAGAAGCAACCUUUUGUCCGGUUACUGGAACUGUUGAUCAUGAAGUAAACGAGGCACCUCUUGGUGAAGGUGGGAGUAUAGACGUGAUACCAAAUAUUCCCGAGACCUCUGAUCUUCAUACAGUUGAUAAAGAUGGGAACUUUAGUUCAGUGCCUCAACCGAGUCCUUCUCCUAAGAUUAGUUCUGCAUCAAAAACCAAACAUUUGAAACAUUCAAUUAUCCCGAGAGAAGGUUCCAAUUCUAAAGACGUUUCGAGAAAACCUACUAGAAGGGGAAGUGAUGCUUCACUAAGACCGAAAAGAGAAAAGCUCUCGUUGGAAUCUGUUACUGCUUCAACUUCUCGUUCAAUGUCGAGAACGUUAAAACACGAGGUUUCCACGUUGGACUCGGCAGCUACUUCCACUUCUCACUCUAUCUCUAGAAUACCAAAACACAAGGCCCCGUAUGGUUCUAGAGAUAAAGUUCUCAAUGAUUUGAAAAGUUCUAACAUUGGAAACGUAUCAAGAACGAGAGAGAAGGUUGCCCCUAGUGUGCAUCAAAAUGCAAACAGGCAUAAGCAAGCUUUAAGUUCAACUAAGCCCGGCAUGAAACAAAACGGUUCUGGAUUCAAUUUCAAAAGUGAAGAACGUGCAGAGAGGAGAAAAGAGUUCUCAAUGAAGCUCGAGGAGAAAAUGAAUGCUAAGGAGGCUGAGAUGCUACAAAUUCAAGCCAGAAGACAGAAGAAGACAGAAGUAGAGACAAGGCAAUUGAGAAGAAACCUUAAUUUUAAAGCAAGUCCCCUGCCUUCCUUUUACCAUGAAGCUAGGCCACUAUCAGAUAAAUUUAAGACACCUGCAAGUAAAUCCACACCGAGGAAGCCACAGCACUACCUGCGUGCAUCUCCAAGAACAGUAGCUGCAGAAAGUUCCCCGUCUUGUUCAAUGCAAACCUCUACGACGACCAAGUAUAGGCCCACGGUGUCCUCAGAUAGCAGUGUCUCGUCUGCACUUCCAACGACCACCAAUACCCGAGGAACCAGGAAGAACAACGAAGAAAAGAAACAGCUCACGAGUUCGCUGAAUCAAAGAGGAUUGGGAGUGAACAAGGUGAAUAAUGGCCACAAGGUUGAGGUAAAGCCAAAAGUCAGUGCUGGGAGAAAUGGCAGAACUGAUCUGAGAAGCAAUGUGCCCCGGGGCGUCCACUCGGGUUGUAGCUCGCAAAUAACCUGUGUUGUGGUUGGUGUUUCUACAUGAAAUGCGCGAGUUUCCACGCCCGUUCUCAGGUCAGAUCCUAUAUAUACAUAUAUGUAUGCCUCUCCCUUUUCUUGUCAGCACAAAAUGGCUAUAUAUUUUAUGAUGUUGCUUUGAUAGAUUGGCACUUCCAGCAGAUAUGGAUCAUGUAAUUACAUAUAUAGUUUCAUAGAAAAAAAAAAUGUUAUCAGCAUUUUCUUGCAAUUUCAAGAGUGCUCUGCUAGUCUAUUACCCGGGCAACCUCAGCUAAGUUGGUGGAAUGUUGGCUUGGUAACUACAAAGUUCUAAUUUCGACUCCUAGUAGGAUUGGCUUAUUGGUCUUA